GAUUUCCGGCUCUAGUCGAGGAAACUCGAACACGCAAUAUUCUCCUAGGCUAGGUAUCGCUCUUGCAUUUUCCUCCAUCCAGUGAUGCUCCGUCCGUUUGACAUUUUACAAGACAACAGUCAACGCAGAGUAGGCGCUGAACCUCACGUGCUCCGGUUACGUCUAGUGUGCUCUGAAUUUUUUUUUUGAAAAACAGUGUUUUUAGUGCGUCACCGGCUAUUCGGAAAAUUUAAUUAAAAACCGCACGAACAUUUAAUUUUUUUUGUGUUUAGGUGACUUGGACUUACGCAUUCGCAAUUACGAGAUGAUUUCAUAAUGUGAAGCGUACCGGCGAAAUGCCUCACACGAUCUUACGGCCCCAUCAUCCCGUCAAUGGUUAUGCCCAUCAUUACACCCAGAAUGGACAUGUCAAAAGUAAUGGGCAUGGUGGCAUGAACGGUACCGCGAGGCCGUGGAUGAACGGGCACGCCACCAAACCCGAGGACAAGCAGUCAACUUUGUCGAGAUACUGCACUACCGAACGCCAAAGGCACUCCACGAACUACCAAGCCAUCCGUCGGGCAUGUCGCGAAAGAGGUUCUCUUUUCGAAGACCCCGAUUUUCCAGCUGGACCUCGCGCCCUCUACCACCACAAAAAACCGCCUUUGCAACCGAUCGUCUGGAUGAGGCCUCACGAAAUGUGUCAAAGGCCGAGAUUCGUUAGCGAGAACUCCGGGGAAAUGCGAUUUGCUGUGGAGGCUGGUGAGCUUGGAGACCAGUGGCUUCUGGCUGCAGUGGCGUCACUGGCUUUGACUCCCAGGUUUUUGGACCGGAUCGUGCCCCCGGAUCAGGGAUUUGAUAACUCGCAUUCUUAUUGUGGCGUGUUUAGGUUCCGCUUCUGGCAUUUCGGUGAAUGGAAAGAUGUAGUUGUGGAUGAUAAACUGCCGACCUUCAAGGGCCGUUUGGUGCAUUUACACAGUUCUAAUACUACCGAAUUUUGGGCAGCUUUAUUGGAAAAGGCAUACGCUAAAUUUUACGGCUGUUACGAGAACUUAUCUCAAGGUUCUACUACUCGAGCCCUUCAAGACCUCACAGGAGGCAUCGUCCAAAGUUUCGGCCUCACUCACCAAGACCGCUUCUUAACAUUUCAAGUCCUAAACAGCGCUGUUCCUAGAUCUAGUCUCCUGAUAGCCACUGUCACUCAAGAAAAAGAGAACAAAAGACAGCUGCGUUUGAGAAAUGGGUUGAUUACCCAACACGCUUACAGCGUCACGGGUUUGGCAAGAGUAAGAGGACCACAAGGAGAGACACCAUUGGUAAGACUGAGAAAUCCGUGGGCCAGGGGAGAAUGGACGGGACCAUGGAGCGAGAGAUCAUGGGAAUGGGACGGGUUAUCAAACAGAGACAAAGAGCUGUUAAGCGUGAGAGUAGCUAACGAUGGCGAAUUCUGGAUGUCGUUUGAAGAUUUUUCCAAGCAUUUCACUCAGUUGGAUUUGGUCCAUAUUGGUCCUGAUGAUUGGAUGAUGGAAAAUGCAUUACAUUCCAAGCAACCUUGGCGGGCGGUUUUAGCUAGAAGAAGGUGGAGAGCGGGUUAUAACGCUGGGGGUGGUCCUAGUUAUGUUGAAACUACUUCAAUGAAUCCACAGUUUCAUGUCCAAAUACCUAGAACUUCGAGCAACAAAUGCCACGUGGUGGUUUCUAUAACACAAUGCUACGAAACAAAUGUGUUGGAUUUGAAGAAAAAAAAACCUUUAUAUGCGAUUGGGUUUGCAGUUUAUGAAGUACCUCAUUCUAUGCAAAGGCUAACGCCACACUUUGUUGCAGAACAAAAACCUCUUGAUGUAACUAACCACUCAGUGGCCAGAGAAGUGGUAACAUUCUUCACACUGCCUCCAGGUGAUUAUAUAGUCGUACCACAAACAAAUAUCCCCAACCUGGACGGAAAGUUUCUUUUGAGAGUCUUCACGGACGAACAAAGCAACAUCUGGGAGGUUAACGAAGACAACAUGAUAAUCAGAAAUAUUUCCACCGAAUUUAUGGAAGAAAAUGCUCCAGUUACGCCGGAAGGUAAAACGCUUGUGACGAAACUUCUCACCAAAUUUCCCCCAGAAGUCGAUGCUAGUCAAUUACAGAAGAUUUUGAGGGCACACUGGAAGUCUUACUUGUCCGAAAAACCGUCUCUAGAACUCUGUAAGAGUUUAAUCAUGCUGAGAGAUUACAACAUUAGCGGCCGUCUCAACUUAAUGGACAUUCCAGUGCUGAUGCGUAUGCUUCAAUUUUGGAGGUUGGCGUUCCAAAAAUUUGAACGUGGUCACGGGAAUGGCAAAACCUCCAGUUAUCAUUUGCGGGCCCUUUUGUGGGAGGCUGGGUGCACUGUUAGCAAUAAAGUGUUAGAAUGUUUGGUCCUCAGGUUUGCCAAAAACCGUAUUUUGACUACUGAGAAUUACGUAAUGGCUUUAGUUCGUUUGCACUUGUCACAUGAGAGGUACCACAACAUUGAUACGAAAAUGAAAAGUAAUCCGUUAUCUUUGGAAGAAAUGAUUCUUAUGACUAUCUACUCAUGAUAUCUUUCCUGGUGAUGUACUUAGAAGCCAAAGAACUGUUUGGACUCCCUCCAGUCUGACUGUAAAUAAGAAAAGUGUAUAAAACUGGUUAUUUAUUAAUAAUUUAAGAAUAAUAAUGUAAAAAUAACUAAUAUAUGUGUUUUUCAAAACUAUAUAA